UGGUGCUGCGCGAGGCGGCGCGUUUGUUCGCGGGUCUGCGCCGGGGUCUGGGGUGCGGGCUCGGGUCGCUCCGGCGCCGGCGUCAUGUCAGACAACGAGGACAAUUUUGAUGGCGAUGACUUUGAUGAUGUGGAGGAGGAUGAAGGACUGGAUGACUUGGAGAAUGCUGAGGAGGAGGGCCAGGAGAAUGUUGAGAUCCUCCCCUCCGGAGAGCGACCGCAGGCCAACCAGAAACGAAUCACCACGCCGUAUAUGACCAAGUAUGAGCGAGCCCGCGUGCUGGGCACCCGAGCCCUCCAGAUUGCGAUGUGUGCCCCGGUGAUGGUGGAACUGGAGGGGGAGACAGAUCCCUUGCUCAUCGCCAUGAAAGAGCUCAAGGCCCGAAAGAUCCCCAUCAUCAUUCGGCGCUACCUGCCAGACGGGAGCUACGAAGACUGGGGGGUGGACGAGCUCAUCAUCACCGACUGAGCUGGAAUCAUCUUCCCAACUGUGCCUCAUCCCCAACGCCUCACAUUCUAUAUAUAUGUAAAUAAUAAACUGUUCAGCCUU